UAAAGAUCGAAGGUACCUUGGAGAAACUGAGGUGGAAUCAAUCUGCUGGCUCUUCAGCAUAAUAUGAUCCCUUCAUGCUCGUGGAGGAAGAGGGGGCAUCGUUGGGAACAGGAAGGGGUGGCGAAAAAGGAGGACAGAUUGGCAGAAGUUGAGUGUUUACAGAAAGAAGCAACACAAAGCUGUGACAGAAGCAUAAGGGACAUUUUCUGUAGAAAGAAUACAAAAAAGAAAAGGCAAGGAAGCUUGAAGCUCAAUUGGAUGAGCAGAUGACUUCAUAUCGUAGACUCGUUUCGUUAAAAUCCAAUGGUUCAGAGACAGAUCUCGAACCUGGAAUUGAACAUUCACUAAAGCAACUCCAACAAGUCAAUUUGCAGAUGCAAAUCUGGGUAUCUUCUGGAGGCUCACAGAUUAUUUCUCACACACUGACACGGCAUAAAGAAAUUCUACAAGAUCUCACUCAGGAGUUCUACAGGCUUCAGUCUAGCCGCAGAGCAAAACAAGAGCGUUCUUCUCUUCUUCUAGACUUUAGAGACUUCGAUAGAGCAAAGGCAGACAUGGAAGAUGGUGCCGAUACUGAGCAACAUGCUCUACUUAAAGAACAAGCAGCUAUAGGUAGAAGUUCAGGGCAGAUGGACAAUGUAAUCUCGCAAGCACAAGCCACUCUGGGAACACUAGCUCUUCAGCGUUCCACGUUUGGUGGCAUCACUACCAAGAUCAGUAAUGUCAGCAGCAGACUUCCUACGGUAAAUCAUAUUCUUUCAUCAAUUAAAAGGAAAAAAUCGAUGGACACCAUAAUCCUGUCCCUCGUCGCGUCAAUUUGUACGUUUCUCAUGUUGAUUUACUGGUUGUCAAAGUAAUUAGUGUCUUAAUUAAUUACAUAUAAUGGCGAGGUGAAGCCAUCUUUUGUAUCUUAUAAAGAUUUAAUUUCCCGUAUGCAUUAGUUCUCAAGGGAGGAACACAAUGUUUGACUUUGAGUUUAGUAAUCCAGGUCAAUAUUCAAAAUGUUCUUCUCA